CAAGCUCCAAAUUAUGAUUUUUUUGUAACUUUUACUAUUUUCUUCACCAAAUUUAAUCGCCAUAGCUUGGAGCUUUUAUGGAAAAACAUAGAUGCGAGAAGAAGUUCCUUCAAAGGCCUCAAAUGGUUCUGUUGUUGGAUUAAGCACUUUCUCUUUCUAUGCUCAUCAUUUACUCACUCAGCAAAGCUCGCAGUCUACUGGCAGCCGGUCAACAGAGAUUUUGGAUGCUCCACUUCACAUGAUCGGUUUCGAACUAGACGAAGUUUCAGCUAGUAAAGUUUCGGGCCACCUCAUAAUCACUCCAGAAUGCUGUCAGUACCAUAUGCUUCAUAGAGGGGUAUCGGCAAUUAUAUCCGAGGCCUUAGCAAGCAUAGGAGCUCAUAUUGCCUCUGGAUUUCACAGAGUGGCCGGCAUACAACUCAGCAUUCACCAUCUCGAAACUGCACAGCCUGGUGAUUAUAUAGUUGCUGAGGCUACACCACUCAAUCUCGGAAAAUCUGUUCAGGUCUGGGAAGUUGCUCUGAUGAAAUGCGAUCCUUCUAAAACCGAUACUAAAACUCUGAUUGCGUCUUCAAGUCUCACAUUAUUUUGCGACUUGCCUGUGCCGGAUAAUGCUAGAGAUGCUGCUCAGAAUCUCAAAAGAUACGCAAAGUUAUAGACCGGCUUAGUUCUUGAUCACUCCGCAUUUUUUUUUUUUGGUAUAAUGUGUAUUUUUUUUUUUAAUAUGUCAUCCAGAUAUACAAUUGAUGGUUUCUCUUAACCUGAAUAAAUAUUAGAAAUUUUUUCUUGUAUUUGGUGUUCUUAUUUAUAGCACUGCCACUUGUUUGAAGGAUUUGAUGUUUACAGGCUUGU